UCUGGCAGUAUGGCCGAAGUUUUUCGUGACGAAACAUUGGCCCAGGAAGAAAAUGGAUUUACUAGGAUCAAUUAUGGGCUCAAUGGAAAAACCACCGUCAUUAAAUGAUGCAGAAAGGAAAAAAGUCAAAGCUCAGAAAGCAAUGAUUGAAAAACAGCAAGAAGCUGAUAAGAAAAAGUUGAUUGUAUUUAGAGAAAAGAUACAGAAAAGGAUACAUGAAUUCAUCAAAGAUCCAAAGAAACAGAAGUACAAGUUUGAAGUGAUGGACAAAGUCUACAGAGCUAUUGUCCAUGAAGUGACAGAUGUGGCUGGGUUGACAUCAUUUUCCUUUGGAGUAGAAGAACAGGAUAGAUAUGUGAUGUGUUGGAAAAAGGAAUUUGCUCCUACUGAUGAAGAAUUACAGGCUUACAGGAAAGGGGAGGAAUGGGACCCAGAAAAAGCCAAAUUAGCAGCUAAACAAAAGGAAUUAGAUAGAUUACAGGCAGAGGCAGAUUCAAAUAAAAAGACAGAGAAAAUUAUUCCAGCAUCAAAUUAUAAAGAUAAAUAUAAACAUCUGAUUGGAGAUGAAUCAGCCAAAGAUGGAGCUAAACAGACACUAGCUAACAGAUCAUAUGGUUUUGUUCCCAGUGAAAACAAACGUGAUCGUAGAACAGUAGAGCAAGUAUUAGCAGACACCCGUGCCAAAAAGAAGUUAAAAACAGAAAGUGCAUCAACAACAGAAUUAUCUUCCCAAAAUGCACCAACAGAGACUACUACCUCUUCCUGUCCAGAAUUACCUUGAUGAAUAUAACAUAGUUACUUUUUAUAAAUGUUGUUUGUUUUUUUAACUUUGUUUUAAGGUUUUAACUUGUUUUAAGUAGUUCAUGGUGUCCUAAUGAUAAAUAUACUUGCAGCAGGAUAGACAUUUUAGUAUGUCUUCUCUCGUAUCUUUCAGGUUUCAAUCAUAAAAGAAUAAUAAGAGAUAAAGUUUCAGGAAAAGAGGUCAAUUUUCAGUUUAAAUUUCAUACCAAUAGGUGCAGAAUUCCAUGAGUUACUAUAAAAGAUUCUCAGAAGGGUUUUAUUUCCCUACAAAUAUUUUAUACUCUCAAUAUUUCUAAACGAGUUCUGAAGCAUUUUUCAACUAACUUUUCAAAACAUGUGAUUUACUUUUUUCAAAAGGCUACACAUACUUAAUAUGGUUUUAUAAUUGUUGAAUAAGUGUACAUAAGGGCUGUUCCAAAAUUGUUCGGGGGGAUGGAAGCACUCAUAUUAAUAAAUUGUGGGUGGUUGCAUUUUCUUUAGAAUUUCGAAGUAUUUUCAAAAAAAUGAAAUUUUUAUGUUAUGGGUGGUUGGGGUCUAAAAAAAAAGUGUCUCCCAUGCCCCACAUGUGUUAAAUAUUAACCCUUUCGCCGAUGAGUCCCGGUUUACCGGGAUUCACGCUUCAGACAGCUGACGAUGAGUCCCAUUUUAACGGGAUUGGAAUACCUCUUUUAUAUUUCCCGCUCAGAACAGUCCAAACACGAGUUAUCUUUCUUUGUUGAAUACCCGGAUGAAAGUGUAAACAUGGCGCUUCCGUUUGUUGAAAACCGUGUCAAAAUCAGAGGAAAUUUACGGAAUUUACGAGAAUUUAAAAUGAGGGAACAUUUUUUUUGAAAGAAUAUGGAAGAAUUGAAGCUAAACUAGUAUACUUUUUAUACGACCGCAAAAAAAUUUUUGUGGUCGUAUAUUGGUAUGGCGGCGUCGUCGUCGUCGUCGUCGUCGUCGUCGUCGUCCGGCGUCGUCGUCCGAAUACACAUUAGUUUUCGCACUCUAACUUUAGUUUAAGUGAAUGGAUCUCAAUGAAAUUUUACCAUAAGGUUCAAUACGACAAAAGGAAGGUGGGGAUUGAUUUUGGGGGUUAUGGUACUAACAGUUAAGGAAUUAGGGGCCAAAAAGGGGCCAAAAAUAAGCAUUUUUGUAACUUCCAGACAUAACUUGUGUGUAAGUAUAUGGAUCUCUCUGACAUUGUACCACAAGGUUCCAUAUCACAAAGGGAAUGCUGGGAUUGAUUUUGGGGGUAAUUGCCUCCAAAUUUUAGGAAUUAGGGGCCAAAAAGGGGCAAAAAACAAGCAUUUUUCUAGUUUCAUGACAAUAACUUGUGUGUAAGUGUAUGGAUCUCUCUGACAUUGUAUCACAAGGUUCCAUAUCACAAAGGGAAUACUGGGAUUGAUUUUUGGGGGUAAUUUCCUCCAAAUUUUGGGAAUUAGGGGCCAAAAAGGGGCAAAAAACAAGCAUUUUUCUAGUUUCAGGACAAUAACUUGUUUGUAAGAGUAUGGAUCUUUAUGAAAUUGUACUGCAAGGUUCCAUAUCACAAAGGGAAAGCUGGGUUGGAGUUUGGGGGUAAUUGCCCUAAACGUUUAGGAAUUAGGGGCCAAAAAGGGACAAAAAAACAAGCAUUUUUCUAGUUUCCAGACAAUAACUUGUGUUCAAGUGAAUGGAUCUCUCUAAAAUUGUACUGCAAGGUACCAUACCACAAAGGGAAAGCUGGGAUUGAGUGUGGGGGCGAUGAAUCAUAAGGGGGUUCAAAAAAUUUGGGGGGGGAUUUUUUUUUCCUUUUUUUUCUUUAAAAUUUUCCAUUUUAAAUUGCUUAUUUCUGAUUUAUAUAUAAAAGCAAAUAAUAAUGAUAUGGUUUGAAUAGCAUACAUGUGAACCUCCCGACAGGUGUACAAUAAUCCUGUUUUCAGGAGGCUCCUCCUGACCUCUGGUUGAAGAGGAAAAUUAUAAUCCCGUGUAUGAAAUUUUUCAUGAAUGAAAAAUUUCUGCCCAACAUAUCAUCUCAGGCAUCUGGUGUAACUCACAUUACCUGAAGUUAUAUUUUACCUGUAAAUCAAUUAACAUGCAUAAUUAUAUGGCUUCACUUGUCAGCUUGGGUGUCAAACAUACUGGUAAUCAAUGAUUUUUUACCUCAGGCUAACUGCCGUUGUGUAACAAAAACUGUGUAUUUAUUGGGUUACUUCCCUUGAUUUAUCCUGUUUUAAGAUACUUUCCUUUUAAUAAUGAAAAUUUUUAAAAGAAUAUAAAUAAAAUAUAAAUUGAACAAAUAAUCAUAAAAGGAUGGUAAAUAAAUGAUUUUAAAUGUCUUAGGACAAAUAAAAAAAUAAUAAUUUGAAAAUUAUUUGAGGAUUCUAUACUUCCUUUCAAGGCUUAAAUUGAAAUUUAUAUAAUAACUAUGACCCUGGUUUUACAGUUAGAAUGAUUUUCUGAGUAUGCAAACAAAAGCUAUUUGCAGAUAGUUAAACAAAAGUUCUGGUUGCAAUAAAUGUUUUAUAGAAUAUGAAGUAAAAAAUUUAAAGAACAUACUGAAAAAAAAAAAUUUAGAUUGAACAUGUAAAAUAUAAAGAUGGAGAAACUUUAUAAGUACAAGGGUACUAUAAACAUAAUAAAUUGGAUGGAAAGUUGAAGAAAACACACUUUAAAAGACCAUUUUUACAGCACACGGUUACAUUUACGACAAAAUUUAUGUCGAUUAAAAACCUCCUGAUCUGAGUCCUAAUCUCCUGACCAAAAUUUCCCAAUCUCCUGAUCUGAGUUUCACAGUCCAUCACAUUAUGAAUAGGUAAAUUAAAAAAUUAUAAGUUCUUAGACCACUUUCAUUCUGUGUCAGAAACCUAUGCUGUGUCAAAUAUUUAAUUACAAUCCAAAUUCAGUGCUGUAUCAAGCUUGAAUGUUGUGUCCAUACUUGCCCCAACUGUUCAGGGUUUGACCUCUGCGGUCGUAUCAAGCUGCGCCCCAGCCGGAGCAUUUUAUUUGACAUAAAAUGUCGUUUUAUGUACAAAACACUUGGAAUGAACAUCGUUCAGUGUAAGGAAUUUGUACAGCUUCAUUAAAUUUUUCAAAAUUUUGCCGUUUUGGGUUAAAAAAUUACGAUUUUGGGUCAAAAAGUAGAAUUUUAAGAAUUUCACCUAGAUAAUGCCGAAAAUUUGAAAAUUUGAAUAUUUUAUGAAGAAAAAAUUAUCAAAACAUGAACAAAACUGUGCACAUGGUGUUAGUGAAUGAAAUAAAGACACAAAAUACUACAGACAAGUUUUUAUUGACAUUUAUUAUGAAGAUCUCCCACUUGAGUAAUAGUAGCCAGGGAAGCCAUCGUCUCAGAGUAGCUUCUGUCUGGGCAGCUAUCGGUGAAAGGGUUAAAACAGCCCUAAUGAAAAUAUUGUUUCCAUACUAAUUUGUUUUGGGAAGAAAAUCAUGCAAUAUAAUGUGUAAUGUUAGUUUUGAAUGCAUUUUUUAUAGAGUCAUUUAUCACACUACAUACUCGCCUGUAUUCAUUUUCAUAAUUUCAUAAUGUAACUAUAUUACUGUAAAUCUAGAAACUAUUGCACACAUAUAAUAUUGGGAUUGUUUAAUAAUCAAAGAAUAAAAACGUGGGAUUAUUGAUCAAAGAUAAAAAUUGUGGGAUUCUUAAAUAUGAUUUUCAGGAAAUGAUGUACAUAUAAAAGGAGUUUCUAAGUUGUUUGAUUGUACCGAUUGACCUGGGGUCAUUCGGGAAAAUAUGUCAUAGGAUAUUGUGAAGUGAAGAUAUUUGCUUUGUGAUGUCAAAUUUUUCUGGGAAAAAGCACCAGUUGAAAGAUCAUGUAUUUGGUGUUGAAUUUUAAAACUUCCAAUUUUACUUCCAUACAUUGACACAUUGCAAUAAUGAAAAUGUCAUUAGAAUUUCUGAAUUUACAGUAAUUAUAUAUGUAAUACAUUUUUAUUGUCCCAAAACAAAGUUGUCGGGGUAUAUAUAUAGCUUUACCCUUAUCUGUCAUUCCGUCAUUCCACAAUGAACAAUGAUACAGACUUUUUUUCUAAACUCCUCCACAUAUUGAGCUGAUUUUUAGUAUGUGAGUCUACUAUGAUGAGUUACAGAUUGAGUUUACGUUUGGUUCUGCUCCACUGAUUUGUGCCGAAAUUACGGGUAAAAUUUCGUGAAAAUAACAGUUAUACAGACUUUCAUUCUCAAAUUUCCACUCCUUUUUGGCCAGCAGGUCCAUUCGUGUCAUUCCGACACACCUAGUUUUUUCAAGGAAAUUUUUAAUCAUAUCCCCUAAGUGAUGGAAAUUUGUUAUUAAUCUUGACAUUUUUGAUGCAUUUUUAGUUAUCUCCCAUGUAAAAUGUGUUGAAUUAUAACUUUUAAGAAAGCAGAAAAUGUUAUGUAUUAGAUGUAUACAUGUAUAUGCAUAAAUCAAGUUGUUUAAACACAACAAUAAAUUGCUGUGAAGUUGUUUUAACUAACAAGCAGUAAGUAGAAUGAAAUGUGUUCUUGAAAAUAAGUUUGCUUACCUAUGUUAAAUAGGUCAAAAUCAGGUCA